UUGGGUCCGAAGCAGCGUAAUCGCGCGGUGUGUAUUUUUAGUGCUGCUUGCCGCAACUAUCUUACACAUACAUAUGUAUAUAUGCAUCCUUAAUGCCACCGCUUCCGGCUUAUCAUCAUCUGUCGCUGAUCCAGCUGGAUGUGGACGUGUAAUACAUGUGCGACUCAUCAUCAUCCCAAGUCAGCUGGUUAACAUUUCCAACGCAUUACACAAAUCGGACUUGGAUCGGAAAAGUGCCGACUGGGCAGUUGGCUUAAAGUUGUGUGUUUGUUGUUGAGCGCGAUGGUGAUGAGAGAGGAUGUGCCGGUGUUGAAUGUUUAAUGCUGUUAAUGAUGCUGUCGAUGGAUCAGAUGGGACGGAUCCGGCAUUACAUGUAUCGUUGAUAAUUUAUGAGAGGAUAUCAAAAUGUCGUCGGAAACGAUGGAGUUUUUACCGUUGCGGCGGAAUUCUUCCCAGAGAAGUAUGGCCAUUGCCAACUAUUUCCGUAAACUGGGAUACGGGCAUAUUUUGUUGGGAUGUCUUGCAGUCAGCCUGCAAAUUGCCGUAACGGUGAUGGCCUGUUUAUACUAUGGAUUGUACGCUUGGAACUGGGAUGCCCCGACCCUAGCCAAGAGUUCCAUGGGCAUCUGCUCCGGCACCGUGGCCAUUAUCCUGGGCGCCCUGCAGAUCGAUGCCGGUGCCAUCCUCCGCAAAUCAUCCCGCGCCAACGUCGAUGACCGGUUCUGUGCCAUUAAAAUGCUGAACUGUUUGUCGGCACUGUUUGCUCUGCUGGUGCUGGGCAUAAGUGUGUACCUUUUGUACAUUCUCAUGCAGUGGCUGAAUGUGGAGGACGAAAUGUACCGGCGCUUUCAGAACGGUCCCGUGGCCGUGGGCGUGGUGCUCAAUAGUGCGCAGGGGUUGGUGGCCGUACUGGAAGUGGUGCUAUCCAUUCUUGGAGUGGCCAUGCGUGAUUUCUGAGGAACGGAAGAUGUGCGCGCAUCCUCUUGAAUCUUUAACAAGUUGUGAUCAAUGAUUUAUGAUACUCGCUAUACGUGGAUGCUUUAUUUUAAGACAGUGGUGAAUCUUGCGUUUGUACAAAGAAAA